AUGGCUGAAUUCCCAAAGCACCCGUUCCUCCUUACCGUGGAGGAGACGGCACAGGCUCUUAAUACCGACAUUGAUAAAGGUCUGACCACAGCCCAGGUUACUGAGCUGCAACAGAAAUACCCCAAAAAUGAGUUGGACAUUGGUGAUACCAUCCCAUGGUACAGCAUUCUCACCAAACAAAUUUUAAAUGCCAUGAUCAUCGUUCUGGCAUUUGCCAUGGCGCUUAGCUUUGGCAUCAAAGACUAUAUCGAAGGGGGCGUCCUUGCCUUUGUUAUUUGUCUCAAUGUUACUAUUGGCUUUUGGCAAGAGUACCGCGCUGAAAAGCGAAUGGAUGCCCUUCGUGCUUUGUCUUCGCCUAGCGCCAUGGUUCUUCGAGAUGGUAAAACACAAGUAAUUUCCAAUCCCGACGUCGUUCCGGGAGACAUUAUCUUGCUCAAGAUGGGCGACACAGUACCCGCGGAUAUGCGAAUGUUUGAAGCCAUGAACCUCGCAUGUGAAGAGGGCCAGCUUACCGGCGAAUCCAUCCCGGUCGAAAAGAUUACCGAAAAUAGCAUCCUCGCUCCUGGCACUGAGAAGGCUGCCACUUCUGAGGCCGAAGUGGGUAUCGGCGACCGCGUUAACAUGACUUACGCUACAACCGUUGUCCGAAAGGGCAGAGGUCGAGGUAUCGUCACCGCCAUUGGCAUGACUACCGAAGUGGGUAAGAUUGCGGCCUCUACCGCCAAAAAGCGGCGAAAGGCUGGCCGAUCUAUGAACUGGCGUAAGUACGGGAAGAGACAGCCACUUGUUGGCUUAGCCAAGCGAACAUACGAUCUCAUCGGCAAGUUCUUGGGUUUGACUGAAGGCACUCCAUUACAGCGAAAGUUGUCCGCCCUAGCUUAUGUGCUUUUUGGUUGUGCAAUUAUUCUUGCCAUGGUUGUCUUUGGAGUCAACCACUUCAAUUUGCGAAAUGAAGUCAUCAUUUAUGCCACAUCCCUCGGCAUCGCCAUUAUUCCCGAGUCUCUCGUGGCUGUCUUGACAAUUACCAUGGUGGUCGCUGUAACCGUCAUGCGAAAAGCCAACGUAGUUGUCCGAGAUCUCUCUGCGCUCGAAGCUCUUGGUGGAGUUACCAACAUUUGCUCAGACAAGACUGGUACACUGACUGAAGGAGCCAUGAUUGUUCGCAAGGCAUGGAUUCCGUCCUCGCACAACUAUACCGUCCGCGAAUCGCAGAAUCCUAGCGACCCGACCAAGGGCCGCGUUACAUAUUCUCAGAGCAAGGACGAACCUGCUGUUGAAAAAGAGGAGCCCAAGCGCGACUACGACAGAGAGCGCAGUGCUGCUGUUCUCAAGUUCGAUGUCCCUGACGAGAAGCUGAACCCCAAGCCUGCCAAGCAAGCUCCCGAAGCAGAGCCCGAAACUACAAUGACGGAUGAGCUUCAAGCAUUCCUACUGUCUGCUGCUCUCUGCAACCUUGCCACUGUCCGGUAUGAUGACGAGGAAGAAAAAUGGCAGACUACUGGCGAGCCAACCGAAAUUGCGCUUCAAGUCUUUGCUCAUCGCUUCAAUAAGGGCAAGAAGAGCCUUGAAACAAAAGGCUGGAAACAACUUGCCGAAUUUCCAUUUGACAGCUCCAUCAAACGUAUGUCUGUGAUCUACGAUGCACCUGCUGGCGAAGCCGGCUCCAUCAUUGAAACCGAGCAGAGCAUGGUUUUCACCAAGGGCGCCGUGGAGAGAAUUCUAGAUUUAUGUUCGUACAUUGGUACUGGUGCCGAGCAGCAGCCAAUCUCCGACCAACUCAAAGAGGAUGUUCUCAACCAGAUGAAUGUUCUGGCUUCCCAGGGUCAGCGAGUCCUUGCCAUUGCCUACCGCCCAUGGGGUGGUCGAUUUACGGCAAAGCAGUCGUCAUCCGCCGCAGAAGAUGAGAAGCUUCGCGGCGAUGUUGAAAAGGAUCUUGUUUUACUUGGGCUUGCUGGCAUUUAUGAUCCUCCUCGCCGUGAGACAAAACCGUCCAUUGGAGAGUGCUCUCAAGCCGGUAUCAAGGUUCACAUGCUUACCGGUGAUCACCCCGAAACUGCAAAGGCUAUCGCCAAGGAAGUCGGUAUCAUUCCCAAGAACCUUGGUGUCCUGCCCGAAAAGGUUGCCCAGUCCAUUGUUCAGAAAGCCACCGAUUUUGACAAGAUGACGGAUGAGCAAAUCGACGCCCUCGAGGAGCUUCCCCUCGUCAUUGCCCGCUGUGCUCCCGACACUAAGACUCGCAUGAUUGAAGCACUUCGACGACGUGGAGCAUUUAUGGCCAUGACGGGUGACGGUGUCAACGACGCUCCAUCCCUUUCUCGUGCUGAUGUCGGUAUCGCCAUGGGCUCUGGUUCUGAUGUAGCAAAGUCAGCUUCCAAGAUUGUCCUGACUGACGACAAGUUCAAUUCUAUUGUUGCCGCCAUCCGUGAAGGCCGCCGAAUGUUUGACAAUAUUCAAAAGUUUGUCUUGCAUCUUCUCACCUCCAACGUGGGCGAGGUCAUUCUUUUGAUCGCCGGUCUCGGUUUUGUCGACCACACAGGCUUCUCAGUCUUCCCAGUAUCACCAUUGCAAAUCAUUUGGAUCAACAUGGUUACGUCUUCAUUCCCUGCCUUUGGUCUAGGCCGAGAGGCUGCUGCCGUCGAUGUCAUGCGCAAACCACCACAGGACAAACGACGGGGUGUUUUCACGAACCAGAUCAUCGUCGAUAUGAUCGUGUACGGAGUCAUCAUGGGCGCUUGCACAAUGUGCACUUUCUGCAUCAUUAUCUACGGCGCUAAUAACGGCGACCUGGGCGAAAAUUGCAACACUGAAUACACUGAUGUUUGCGAUGCCGUCUUCAGGGCUCGCGCGGCCACCUUUGCCGAACUAACGUGGCUCAUCCUCAUCUCAGCCUGGGAGUUUAAGAGUCUGCGACGAUCCAUGUUCCACCUCAAUCCCGACGACGACAGUCGAUUCCCCGUCUUCAAGGACUUGUACAGCAACAGGUUUCUCUUCUGGUCUGUUAUUCUGGGUGGUUUGUCAGUGUUUCCCGUCGUGUACAUCCCCUUCCUCAACACCAAGUUCUUCAAACACAAGGGCAUCUCGUGGGAAUGGGCUUUGUCCGUUGGCUUCACCAUCACCUUUGUUGCCGGAAUCGAGGCAUGGAAAUUUAUCAAGCGGCGUUUCCACCUGCUCGAGGAUCGCCCAGUUCAACGCGGCGCAUGGGGUCAGGGAGGCCCGGAUGACCAAGGACCCAAGUUCCGCAAGACCUUGUCCGUGUCCAGCUUCAAGACUUGGGCUUCAUUCUCACGAAAGGAUACUGGCGAUUCCGUGUCUCGAUACAGCUCUUCGCGCGGUAACCAGGGUAUUGUUCAGGGGACUGAACAUGUGUAA